AUUUUUCCUGUUUUCAUUGUUGCAUACUUGAAUUAUAACUACAUUAUCCUUCCAUUGGCAGUAGUCUUAAAAUUUGACGUUAAGUCAAUUAAAGUUGGCAUUAGUCAAAAAUGGCGCUAGUUAAAACGCUCGCCAAUUUAAAAAGCGUUCAAAUAUUAACAAAUAAAUUAGCUGCUCUCAGUGUGGUGCAGCAAAAUGGAAUGUCCAUGUACCCACCUUACUACAUCAACCCAAUCUUUAAGAAAGACGCUCAGGUAGAGCUCUUUGAAAAUGGAGAGGCCCAAAAGUUAGCCCACAUUCCAACAAAGGCAGCUCUCAUAGAUCAAACCUGCUCCAUUUACUAUGAUGAUGACAUAAGGCUCUUCAGGAACUACAUUAUGAGAAGUGGCAGGAAAUCACUUGCCAGGGAAUUGCUUGACAAAGCUUUUGAGAAAGUCAAGAGGUCUCAAUUGGAGAAGUUCCACAAGGCUAAAACAGAGGAAGAUAAGAAUAAGAUUGUGCUGGAUCCAAGGGAAGUAUUUCACAUGGCUGUGGACAACUGCAAGCCUGUGCUGUUCCUAACACCAAUCAAAAGAGGUGGUGUAAAGUAUCAGGUGCCAGUGCCAAUCACAGAGAAGAAAUCCCAAUUUCUGUCAAUGAAAUGGCUGAUUGAGGCUGCAACAGACAAAGAAAGGACUGUCCACUUCCCAGAGAAGUUAGCUUAUGAAUUGAUAGAUGCCUCUAAUAACACUGGGAGAGUUGUGAAGAGGAAGCAGGAUCUGCAUAGGCAGUGUGAAGCAAACAGGGCUUAUGCUCAUUACAGAUGGAGUUAGAUUUGUUGAAUAUAUUAUAUAAUUUAUUUAGUAAGUAAAUGUUUUUCUUCUUUUAAAA